UGUGCAGUUGACGCUCAGGAAGUGGACUCAACCACCAAAGAUUCCCACAGAUCCGAUAGCGAUUGUCCCGAUGUCACAAACGUGUUCACUCCUGAGCUAAAAGGAAGAAAGAAAAAAAAAAAAGCCUGUUUCGAGUAUUUUUCUCGAAAGGGAUUACUGAGAGGAUAAUGCUGGAUGGUUGCGCUCAUGAAAUUCACCAGAGAUAUAUGCAGGCUGCUGGGACUCGGGAGCGGCCCCCCUGUCCAGCAGCAGGAGGAGCAGAUGGACUGUGGUGCCGCAAACCCUGACCCGGGCGAGGAUGCCACUUUGUCACAGGAUGCAUUAAAUGGAGAGGAGGACCUGAGUGAGGAGGAGAAGGCCAGAAGAAGGGCGGAGCGACGCAAAGCCAAGAGGAAGCGCCGUCGAAAACGCAAGAAACAGGAGCAGGUUAAGCAAAAUGAGAACCGGGAUGAUGAGGAAGAGGACGGAGGUGCAGAGUCUGAACUAGAUGACAGCGAGUCAGACGCAGAAGCUGCUGCUGAAGAUGAGAAACAACAAGUGCUGAAAGUUGAGGAACAUGAUGCAACAUCUGCUGCUUCACACAAGGAUGUGGCCGCUCCAGUCAUGUCUCCUUCAGGAAUCAAAGGACACCAGAAGACUCGAUCUACAGAAGAGGUAUUGGCUCUGGAGUUUAACACGGUUUUCAACAGUAUGCAGGAGCCAGAAUGGGACGUGAGCAGUGCCUUUUUUGCUAAUGCUGCUAGCCAUAUCAAACCCAAAGGAUCCAGCCGCAAGUCCAAAGAAAACAAAGAGAAUGAGGCCAGGAGAGAGACUAAUGGAACUGACACCAUGAACAAGAAGAGCGCCUCACUGACAGCAGAAAAAGGGAUCAAGCUGGUGCAGGAGGGGCAGUACGCACAAGCCGUCAGUAUGUUUACAGAAGCCAUCAAAUGUGACCCAAAGGAUAACAGGUUCUUUGGGAAUCGUUCCUAUUGCUACUUCUGCCUGGAGCAGUACCCUCAGGCCCUGGCAGAUGCUGAGCGCUCCCUUCAGCUGGCCCCAGACUGGCCCAAAGGAUACUUCCGGAAGGGCAGUGCUCUCAUGGGCAUGAAGCGGUACAGUGAGGCAGAGAAAGCCAUGGAGCAGGUGCUCAAACUGGAUAAAGACUGUGAGGAGGCUGUCAUUGACCUCUUUGACUGUAAAGUGCUGCAGUUAAUGGAGCUUGGUUUUGACGAAGGGCAAAGUGUCCUGCUGCUGGAGAAGUUUUCAACUGUACAAGCUGCUCUGGCAUCUUCUGACGUCGCCAGAGCUGUGAGCCAAGAUUCGUCAAUUGUGCAACCAGGAAGUCCCUGCCCGUCUUUGUGGGUUGGAAAUGUGACGACGGAGCUAACUGAGAAACAUCUACGGGACCUUUUUAAAAUGUACGGUGAGAUUGAGAGUAUCCGUGUGCUGCAUGAGAGAUUUUGUGCCUUUGUAAACUUCAAGAAUGCAAACAUGGCUGCACGUGCCAUGGAGAAACUAAAUGGUUUUUGUGUUGAGAACACACGUUUAGUGGUGCGCUAUCCUGACCGGCGCACUCAGAAAGUCCUUCCUACUCCGCUCAAGACCUGUCUGCCCGUCACACAGCAGGCAGGGGCGGCUGCAGGACCUCGACGACGUGGCCCAGUGAACGGAGACGAGUGUUACUUCUGGAGAACCACCGGCUGCCAUUUUGGGGAUAAGUGUCGCUACAAGCACAUUCCUGAUCAGAAAGGCAAGGACAGGAAGCCCUGGCAGCCUUGAACUCUACUUACUCUCCGCCCCAGUGUUGUGCAGGAAACUUGGACCCACAGACUGAGCCAAAGGAGCCGGCACUUGCUGGACCAAUUUCUCUAGGCUAAAAAAAAAUGUAUUGUAGUGAAAUGGACCAGAAUAGUUCAAGGAUCAGAGCCAAAACUCUGGCUCCAAGGCAGGGAUAGUCACUCGCAUGCAACAAAGGACUUGGAGUAUGAAGGUUUUGAUUUUAACCGGAAACUAAACUAUAUUGCUUUAAAGUACAACAUUCACCAGAGGGCAGAACAAAUCCUGCUGGUUUUCUGCUUUGUAUUGUAACCCUUCUGUGCAAACGGUGACCCAUUCCUUCUUGAAGGGAUACAAACUAACCUCACAGUCCUACACCACAACGAGGAAGUAAAACUGCCUUGGUCCUCUUUCUAAGGAAAAAGCAGUGACUGAUUUCACUCACAGCAGUAAUGAAAAGCCAAGGUUCAUCAGUGACAUUUGUGGUGACGAUCCUUCUUUAGAAGUUCCAUCACAAAUCAUUGUUCAUCCCGAAAUUAACAGCAACAUGACAUUUACGUUUUUUAAAACGGCUUAAAUCGAUCUACAUGUUAUCAGUUUGGGAUGUUUCUGAGAUGAAUGGUUUUAUUCUGUGCCAUUUCUUUAUUUAUUUUUUUGAUCGAUUGAUUGAUUGAAAUGUCAGGUGAGAAUAUCGUCAGCCCUGUAAACCAUAGGAGAGCCAGUUGCGGCUCUGAUCCUCGUGCCCAAAGCAGAAGAAAAGCUUCAAUCUCUUCCUCAGAAUAAGAAUAUGCAAAAGGAUUUCCUGGUACAUUUGCAUGGUAGACAUCGCAGCGCUUUGAGUCUAUGCAAAGAACAAAAAAAUGCAGACUCGGGCCGAAGUUGUCUGGUUUGUUUGUUUGUAUGUAAGACCCAUAUGGUAAUGUAAGUGGUAAACUUGUUGAUACUACAGGACAGUGCCUUAGAAAACGCCAUCCUCAGACACACACACGCGCGCACACACACACACACAUUCAUGACCAAGUGCGUCAUGAUGCUUUAAGCUCCUGUGAGGAACUUUUGAGUUCGUGCAUUCAUUGUGGAAAAGAAGUCUUUUAUUUGUGAAGGUUUUGUUUUCUGAUGAAAAAUCUGACCCUUUUUUCUUUUUAACAGUCAAAUGUUUCACUCAUUGAGAAUCUUAAAUAACGAUGUAGAAAUUAUAAGUCUUGUAGCUGAUAGUCUUGUUUUUUUUGUUGUAGCUCAUUAAAAGACAUCAGUAUUAAUUUAAUUCAGUUUUAUAACUAGCUAUAAUUUCCUCCCAGGAGCUUUAAAGGUCCAAAGAACUUUUGAACCUCGUGAGUCAGUGUUUGACAUUGUUAUGGGGUCUAUAUUUCAGUAUUUCAAUGAACCAAAGAAUGCUUCAUCUAAUUGCUCUGCACUGAAACCUCUUAGUUCUUUUAAGUUCAACACUAGACGGUUCAAACUCAAGUGUCUGUAUCAUCAUCUAGAUAAAAAUAAUUACAGUGCCCACCCCUGGUUUAAGUCCACACUACGUUCACUUGCAAACCAUAUACAACAUAGUGAUUAUUUAUUUUCCUAUUUAUGCCUUUGUUUUUUUUUGUUUUUUUACAACAAACGUACCUUAAUUUACUGGUCUUUUUGUCUCUACACUUUAUAGAAGGUGAAAGAAACAUAUUUCUACAAGUCCACUCUUGGGCUUUCUUUCUGGCAUUAAGAAGCCAGCAUCACUUUCCCCUGCUGCACUUCUACUUUUCUCGCAAUCACUUUCUGUCUCGUUGCAAAAACAUGUGAAAAAGGAAUUGGACAGCACUUGUGGGGUAAGUCAGCGUAUGACUGGUGCUGUUUACUGUUGUUGCUCAGUUCAUUUAGGCAUGCAAACUAAUUAAAUGUGUAGGAUUUUACCAUUUCACAUUUAGAUUUCAUCUUAAAGUUAUUUUAAAAGUUAUAAAAGGUUUUCCCUGAGUAACAUUUUUAUUUUCUUGGUAUGUUUAAGUCCUACCUGUUUGUACCUUUUUUUUCAAACUGUUUCAGGAAAUGCAUUUUUAAUUUUGAUGUCAACUUCAAGAACGAGCACUGCAAUCCUGUUAAUCUUCCAAAUAUUUUUAAUACCGUCGUUACUGCACUGCAAAAAAAAUCUUUUGUAUUUAAUAAAUAUAUUUGAACCACCUA